UUAAUUGUAGUUCUGCGUUCUGCGGUAAGGUGGCUCUAAGUACCAUGUCAAAAUGUUGAUAUGCAUUGUUUUUAAUAUUAGUUACUGAUAUUGUUCAGUAUUAUGAACCCAAUAUGGUAUUUUAGAAUUUAGAAUUAAUAAUAAAUUGACUGUAAAUUUUAUGUAUUUUUCAUACAUAGAAUUUUUUAAUUAGUGCGAAUAAUGUUAUACUUAAUUUAAAAAUGAGUUUUAUUUGUACAAAGCAGCAUAAAUUUGUAAAUAAAAUUAAAACGUUAUUAUCUAAGUCAUCACUGUCAGAUCUUACAUUCGUACCAAAAUGUGAAACAGUGAAAGAUUCAGAUAUAUUAAAGUUAAAAGAAUUUAUUGAUAGCCACAAUGAGAUAUGUAUUUUAACAGGAGCUGGAGUUUCCACAGAAAGUGGAAUUCCUGAUUAUAGAUCUGAAGGUGUUGGACUUUAUGCAAGAAGUAGUCGUAGACCCAUAUUGUAUCAAGAUUUUUGUAAUAGUGCUGUUCUUCGACGACGAUAUUGGGCUAGAAAUUAUGUUGGGUGGCCAAGGUUCUCUUCUGUUAAACCAAAUGUUACUCAUGAAAUAUUAAAAAAAUUAGAAGAUAGAAAAAAAAUAAGGUGCAUUGUUACUCAAAAUGUGGAUAAUUUACAUACAAAAGCAGGUAGUAGGAGAGUCAUUGAAUUACAUGGAACAGCAUUCAAAGUAAUGUGUCUUAAAUGCGAUCAAAGAAUAUGUAGAUAUCAUUUACAAGAUAUUUUAGAUAGACUAAAUCCAAAUAUGACAGCAAGUGCUCAAAUGAUAAGACCUGAUGGAGAUGUAGAUUUAUCACAAGAACAAGUGGAUGGAUUUAUUGUUCCAUCAUGUGAGAAUUGUAAUGGGGUUCUCAAACCAGAUAUCGUAUUUUUUGGAGAUAAUGUACCACGUACAACAGUAGAAAGUGUGAAAUAUAAUGUAGAGCAUUCAGAUUCCUUACUGGUGCUAGGAACCUCAUUAACCACAUUUUCUGGUUAUCGAAUAAUAUUGCAAGCUAACAAUGCUGGAUUACCUAUAGCCAUAGUAAAUAUUGGCAAGACUAGAGCAGACGAUUUUGCAGACAUUAAAAUAGAAGGUAGAUGUGGCGAUGUUCUUUCAAGAAUUUAUAUGAUGAAUAAUCAUUCUGAUGAAAAGACAGAGAGGACCAGUAAUUGUUAACAAUCUGUUUCUAAGAAUGCAAAAAUUAUAUUGAAUAGUGUUAAAUAAAUCUUUAAUAAUUGAUUAAUAAAU